CGGAGAGCGAUCGAGCUGGUCAGAGAAGGAAGAGGAAGUUCGAUGGUAAACGUCCUGAGUGAACUAUCUUCAUUUAUCCAACAGCUUUGCUGCCUGUGCGCUGAGGUCACGUCCACACAUUCCCGGUCUUCAAAAUAUGUGACUUGAAGCGAGGGAGUGGAGGGAACGGACUAAUGAAACAUUAUCGGCUGGUAGUAACGAGCAGCGUCGACUAUUUUUAAAAUCAACCGUGAUCAUCCGUCUGCGACGGCAAGAGUGCGACGAGGACGAAAAACAGUUUUCCUUGUUUGUUUAGAGAAAAUAAGACUAUAUAAGCAACGUUGAACAACUCUUUCAUAUUUAAGCUAUAUAGUUAUUUAUUUAUCUAUCUUACCUGUGUGAAGAUGAACGGGGUAACGCGGAGUCUGUGUACAUUUGAGGACACCAGAGCUGACGAGAGAACAGCGGAGGGGUGCAGGAGACUGAGGCUGACUCUCCACCAGCAGAACCAGGCAGGGAGGAUCACCGAACAACCCAGGAGCAAGCCAAUCGGACGAGCGUUUGCUCUGGUGCAGCCAGCCAGUGAGAGGCCUGCUCUGAAGCCUGAACCAAUCAAACCCUCUGAGGAGAAGGCUGAAAAGGUUGAGAUCAUCAAGGUGUAUCUGGAGGAUCGUAGACAGGAGCAGCAGAGACACCAGCAGAGCCUCAAGAUGUUGUCAGAGGAAGUCUCCCAGAUACAGGAGGUGAGAUACUGUCUGAAGACCCUGAGGGAACAGAUGGCAACCAAGAACAAAGGACAACACAAUUUUCCUGCUAGUGGCUACAGAGUCAGCGCUCCCUCCAAUCAGAACAGCUCUUCUUCCUCAAAGGGAGGGGCUAAAGAUGAUGGACAGGAAGGGGAGGAAGAGGCGGAGAGGGCGAAGAUGAGGGAUGUCAGUAAGCGUCUGUACGCUCAGCUACAGGAGGCCGAGAAGAAACACCAGGAGGAGAGAGAUAGACUGCAGGCUGAGGGUGUGGAUCUGCGCCAGCGUCUGGGGGAGCAAAGGGAGAAGCUGGAGGAGGUGAAGGAGGGGAGUGAGAGGAAGGACCAGAGGAUUGAGGAGCUCCAGAGGCUGCUGGGAGGUAUGGCGCAGGAGAGCCAAGCCCUACGAGACACACUGAGGAACAGAGAGGAGGAACUCAGAGAACUACGCAAGAUCAGAGAGGAGGGCAGGAACGAGGAGCAGAGGUCAGAGCAGUUGGAGAAGGAGCUGGCCAUUCUGAAGGAGAAGAUCCAUCAUCUAGAUGACAUGCUGAAGAGCCAGCAGAGGAAAGUCAGACACAUGAUCGAACAGCUGCAGAACUCUCGUAUGGUGAUCCAGGAGAGGGACCGUGUCAUCAGAGACCUGGAGGAGAAGGUGGCUUUCCUGGAGGCAGAGAACCGGGAGAUGCAUGAUCAGAUGGACUACUUCCUGGGAGGUGAAAGGUCAAACUCGCACCUCUCAUCAGACCGCAACGCCCAUAUUGUCUACAGUAAGCCAUUGAAGCCCACCAACUCGUCCAACAAGCCUCUUCCCUUCAUCAAAAUCAUUGAGACCAAGUCCUGAACUGGUGAAAGCGAGGGAGGGAGAGGAAGAGAGAGAUGGAGGGAGAAGUGGCUAACCUAAUGACACCGAACCUGCUAAGCUAAGCAACAACGGACUGAAAUAGACCACAACCACAAAACUACCACACCAACAUCUCAGUACACGUAUGAAGUUUAAACUGAGGUGACCACAACAUCACACAUACAUCAACUGACCACCAACCACGACCAUCAACCACCCAUGGCCACACUCCUUCGAUAGGACACUAUGCAAUGUUUAUGUGUGUGUGUGUGUGUGAGAGGAGGCUGGUGGGAGAAGCUGUAGGAGGAUGGGCUCAUUGUAAUGUCUGGAAUGGUAUAAAUGGAACAGUCAAAAUGGUUUCCAUAUGUUUGCUGUGUUUGAUACUGUUCCAUUUAUUCCUCCUAUAGCCUGUCCUCCUAUAGCUCCUCCCACCAGCCUCCUUGUGUGUGUGCACGGUUUUGGAUUGUGUAUGGACUUUGAUGUAGAUGGAUAUACUGUAAAUACUGAUAGAGCUGAUUCACAAUAUAAGUAUAUUUAUUCAUAGCAGACAGAUUAUUCUUUCUAACCCAGUGUUAUAAUCUAUUGUCAUUUGUUGAAGUCAGUCUGAAGGACUUUAAUACUGAGAGAGAGGAGGAGAGACAGUGUGAUAGCAGUACCAUGUGGUACUGAUAACAGACAGAGUACUUUGGCCUCAGAGAGGAGGCAACCAUGCCAGUUUGGGCCAUAACAGAGAAAUAAAAUGUCAGACGAGAUGCAUGCAUUUCAGUUACUUUAAGUUUCAUCCACUAUCACCAGCUUUGUACAUAACUAUAUUUAUUUGUGUGUUUGUUUACGUGGUAUUCUUUGAAUUUCCUGUAGUCUUUCUCUGUGUGAUUUUAUAUCCUUCAGACGUGCAGCCAGUGUUUGGCCUGACACAGUGUGUGACAAUCAUCUUUAUGUAUUUAUGUGAAAAUAACACUUUCAUUUUAGGGAAAACAUUUUCAGUAUACGUUUUAGUGUGUGUGUUAACAACAUAUAUACAAGCUUUGUGUUUUAGUUAUUUUAAUAAAUCUAUGAAAAUAA